UCCCUGACACAGGGACCUGGACCCGCUCUGCCCGGCCAGAGGCAGACAUGGUGCCCCUGCUGCUGCUGCCCCUGCUGUGGGGGGGGUCCCUACAGCAGCCACCAGACUAUGAGCUCCGAGUGCAGGAUUCGGUGACGGUGCAGGAGGGUCUGUGUGUCCACGUGCCCUGCUCCUUCUCCUACCCGAGGAGUUUGGGGACUUCCUCUAGCAAAGUCUUCACCUACUGGUACCGGGAGGGGGACAGAACAAACCGUGAUGCUCCUGUGGCCUCGACCAACCCAGAUAAAGCAGUGAACCCGGGGACCCAAGGCCGCUUCCUCCUGGCGGACCGCACGACCAACGACUGUUCCCUGCAAAUCAGAGACGCCAGGAGGAGUGACGCAGGACGCUACUACUUCCGAGUGGAGAUAGGAAUUCCUGACUAUAAUUACCAAGGAUAUUUCCUAGGAUAUACCUUCCAAGGAUAUAGUUACCAAGACAAGACGCUGUAUUUGCAGGUGACAGCCCUGACAGAGAAACCCCACAUCCGUAUUCCGGAGCCUCUGGAGUCCGGCCGCCCCACACAGCUGGCCUGCAGCCUGCCCGGGGCCUGCGAAGGGGGACGACCUCUCACCUUCUCCUGGGCGGGAGCCGCUGUGGACUCGCUGGACCCCCGGACCCUCAGCUCCUCGGUGCUCACCUUCACCCCGAGGCCCCGGGACCAUGGCACCAACCUCACCUGUCAGGUCCAAGUCCAAGGAUCUUCGGUGGCCACGCAGAGAACCAUCCGGCUCAAUGUCUCCUAUGCCACAGGGAACCUCACAAUAGGCGUCUCCUUCAGAAAGGACACAGCCUUUAAGAAUCUGCAAAACACAUCCCUUACCAUCCUGGAAGGCGAGGAUUUGAGACUGCAUUGUUUGGCUGACAGCAACCCCCCUGCAGAGCUGAGCUGGUUCCGGGGGUCCCCAGGCCUGAACGCCACCCCCAUCUCCAGCACCGCGAUCCUGGAGCUGCCUCGCGUGGGGCCUGCACAGGAAGGAGAGUUCACCUGCCAAGCUGGGCACCCGCUGGGCCCCCAAAGUGUCUCUCUCAGCCUCUCCGUGGUCUACCCCCCGCAGCUGCUGGGACCCUCCUGCUCCUGGGAGUACCAGGGUCUGCACUGCAGCUGCUCCUCCAGGGCCCAGCCGGCCCCCUCCCUGCGCUGGCGGCUGGGGGCGGGACUGCUGGAGGGGAACCAUGGCAACGGCUCCCACGUGGUCACCUCCAGCUCAGAGGGGCCCUGGACCAACAGCUCCCUGAGGCUCAAUGAUGGGCUCAGCCCUGACCUCAGACUCAGCUGCGAGGCCCGGAAUGUGCACGGGGCCCAGAGCGCCUCUGUCCUGCUGCUGCCAGGGAAGGCGGUGUCCCAGGUGGGACUGGUUCCUGCGGCUCUUGGAGGUGCUGGUGCCAUGGCCCUGCUGUCCCUAUGCUUGUGUCUCCUCUUCUUUUGCAUAGUGAAAGCCCGCAAGAGGCAAGCAGCCGGGAGACAAAAGGUCACGAAUGAUGAAGACCCGGUCAUGGGCACAGUCACCUGGGGUUCCAAGAAAAACCUCCAGCCAGACGGGCCCCCAGACCAAGCGUCACCUGCUGAGAAGGGCCCUCUGUCGGGGGAGCAACAGGAGCUCUACUACGCCAACCUCACCUUUGAAGGCAUGAAGCCACGGGAGCCUCGGGACCAGGCGGCCACCAGCACCCACGAGUACUCAGAGAUCAAGCGCGCAGGCAAAUGAGGACUCGCUCUGAGCACGGUCCUGGCCAGAGGCAUCACAGCCCCUUCGGAAGGGGCAAGAAGUCCAGGACUCCUUGCUGAAGCAUGAGGAGACCUCGUGGCCCGAUUAACAUGAGCAGGUGGAUGAGCAUCCCCAGGCAGAGCAGAAAGAAGGCGGGUGAUGGGCCGGUCCUCUCACAUCCACCUGCACCUGUGCUUCAGGUGAGCUGCUCCGUGACACUGUCUCUCACCCUCCCGCUCCCUCCAGAAUGUCACUUCUGGGAUCCUGGCACAUUGUCUAAGGUGGUCUGGGUUUUCCAAUAAAUCCCGUCUUCGCAUA